UUUUAUCUUUUGCUUUUUGCUUCUCUUUUUUUUCUUCACCUUCUUUACCGCCAUCACCCUCAAACUUCACUAUCAUUUUCAUUCCCGUCUACUUUAUUUUUUCCCCCUAAAUUUGAUUCUCUUGGUUCUUACACCAAAAAAAUGGGACUGUACUCUUCCUGUAACUUUCCAUGGGUCGACGACGUUGUGCAGAACUUUGCUACCAACACCACACGAUAUAACCAAGUUUCUAUGAAUUACUGUUGUACGGAAUCAGGGGUGUGUGAGAAUUACAAUGGCAAGUGCCCCUUUGGUUAUCUAGGUUGUACUGUGGGUAACUCCCGCUAUGCUUGUCGGUGGGAUAACUAUGGGCAAAACUAUUUGACCUGCUAUCAAGAGGGCGUUCUGAAAGCGACACGGUCAUUGCCCUGUUGUCCAGCUCAGUUGCCCAGCUUCUUAAGUUCCACAUCCUGCAUGCCAGCGUUUGGGACAAACGGUGGUGGAAACACAAUUUGUUGUACGAGUCCUGGAAAAUGUCAGUACGCAUUGGGAUGCAUUGGGUACGACUCGUAUAACGGUCAUGCAGGAGAAAAGACAGGAGUGUAUUAUGGGUACCAGCCAUCCACGAGCGUAGCGCAUUGUGUACAGGAAAUGUCGUUGGGAUCACCUGUGACGGACGAAAACUGCUUGGAAGUGACGGUACCGCAGGGUGGAUGUAUCUUGGGAGAAGCAGGACCGACAUUACCUACAAUCAAUCCUGGAUCAUCUACAACGGCAACUGUUACGACUAAAACCACAUCCAGGGGUUCGCCAACAGGUAAUGAUGGACUGACGCCUCCACCAACUAACACGAAGUCCAAUGCUGCUACAGGUUUGGUGAGACCCAUGGAAAAAGAUGUGAAAUGGAUAGCUCUUUGUCUAUUGGCACCAAGUCUUCUUCAGAUGCUCUUUAUUUAAAGCUCCUUUCUUUUUGAAUAAAAACAGAAGAAUGGGAUUUAAUCGGCU